AAAAAAAAAAAUUCGAUCCCCAAAUUCGAAACUUUGAUCUUAGGGUUUGAUCACAAUCUUCGAUCGGCUCAUCUCCGUCUCGUCGUCGCCGGCGUCUGAUCGGAUCAUGGUGGUGAAUUCCCAGAAGAAUUUGAAUUUGUCAAGAUUUCGAUUUCAUCUCUGCGAAUCGUGUAAUACGCUAUAGGGUUUUCGUUUGUAAUCGUGUGUAUAUAAAAAAAAGACUGGUGAUUUUUUAGGGUUUGGGAGGUUUUUGGAUUGUGUGUUUGUUUGUGUGUUUGAUCGGAAUAUGUAUAUCGAAGAAGUGAGUGAGAAAGGGGAGAGAUCGGUAGAGGAGGAGGUUGGUGAUGGAGAUAAGGCGGUGUUGGUGAGCAGUGGAGACGUGGUUGUGUUGACGACGAAGAUGGCGUUGGUUGGUGUUGGCGCUCGUGCGUUGUUCUAUCCGACUUUGAUUUACAACGUUGUGAGGAAUAAGGUUGAGGCUGAGUUUCAUUGGUGGGAUAGGGUUGCUCAGUUUAUAUUACUGGGAGCUGUUCCGUUUCCAUCUGAUGUCCCGCGGCUGAAGGAGCUUGGUGUUUGUGGAGUGAUCACCCUGAAUGAGCCUUAUGAAACUUUGGUUCCAUCAUCUCUCUACAAAUCUUACUGCAUUGACCACCUGGUGAUUGCCACGAGAGAUUAUUGUUAUGCACCUUCCAUGGAAGCAAUAUGCCAAGCUGUUGAUUUUAUCCAUAGAAAUGCUUCGCUUGGGAAGACGACUUAUGUUCACUGCAAGGCGGGGCGGGGCCGCAGCACAACUAUCGUCUUAUGCUACCUGGUGCAACACAAAGACAUGACACCUGAAGAAGCAUAUGCCUACGUGAGGUCAAUCAGGCCUAGGGUGAAACUAGCGUCCACCCAAUGGAAGGCCGUUCUUGAGUACUACAACGUCAGGGUGCUGAAUACCACCCAAAGUUCUUUAACUGAUGCAACUUCAGCUUUGAUCCCGAGAAGUACGAAGCAGAUGUGUUCUGGGAAUGUGGUUGUGUUUGACGAUGGCUCGGUGGUGGUAGUGACCCACUCGGAUGUAGAGGGCUAUGAUGAUGAUGACUCAAGGAGGUCAAUGAAUGUUGCUGCUGGGAACGAGUUAUGGGCAGCAGCUGCAGAUCUGAGCAUGGUGUACAGGGUGAAAGUGGUGGGACAAGCUGCCUUGGCGAGGAUCUCGUGCAUGUGGCUGGGCUUGCGCGAGGAUCACAAGCUCUCUGGGAAAAAUCUUUCCAUGAGAGGUAUAAGCGUCGACAUUUCUGUCUACUGAUGAUGAUGAUGAAAAAUGAUGGAAGGUGAGAGUCUUGGCGAGUGUAGUGAAUGUGCCCUUUUCACUGUGCUCCCGCAGUAAAAAAAGAAUAUAAAUAAUAAGGGGUCAAAUUAGAUUAUAGAAGACAAAAAGGUUUGUAAACUCUGCAAACAAAAAAAAAGACUUGGUUUUGUGGUCUGGGUAAUGUAAUGAAAUACAUGAAUUAAUCUUAUUUUCAAAUAUCCAAGUUUAAGUU